AAACAGACCUAAAAAGAACAGGCCAAAUAUGUCAAGGAAAUAACAGUAUAAACUAUAAACCGAACGCAAUGUGUUCCAUGAACAAGUUUAAAUUUGUUUCAAAAUUUCCAGAUUUCAUGAAAUUCCCUUAUUUCAUGAAAUAAAAUAAAUCUAUAGAAUAAAUUGAUACUUUUACAGAGCGGGGCGACGAAAGGCGACACGUCAUUCCUGUUCAUUUGGCAAUCCAUGACCUCAAACUCAAAAAUCGAACACCAUUGAAACAUCCCAAUUACGUUCAGCUAGUGCGCGCGUGCGUGCUACUGGUACGAUUAAUGUGAUUGACGUUUAAUAACCUUGUCACCGAGUCGUUACGUUACGUCGACGUUACGAUAACAGCGGUGACGACGACGUCGACGUCGAGCGACGUCGAGCAACGUCGGGCAUUGAUAACGGCCACUGACAGCAGUUUGAUACCUAUCGUCGAUAUUGAUCAACACUAUUGAUAUUCGCCGACUACCUAGAGCAUCCGAAUCGUCCUGCAACCGCGUACUCUCGCCAGACACAUGGCCAUCGCAAACAUAUAAUUAAGAAAAUUAGAAAGCGAGCAUGUCUCGAGAAGCUGACAGUGAAAAAUGCCUUCUGCACUCCAAAUUACACACCAUGGAUUGAGCAAGCAUACAUAUACAUACGGCUUCUUUCAGUGAUUAUUCAUUAUCCAAAUAUUGUGCAGAUUUGGUUAAUCGAGGACGACACAAAUCAGACGAAAGUUUUUAAAAAUAAAUGAAAUUUUCAAUUAUGAUGCCGAUGCGUCAAAACAGAUGUCUCCCUAGGAUGUUAGAGAAUUAAAUUUAUUGCUUGAGCUUGUUAUAAGGAUUGCAAGGAUUGCAAUAGAUUCAUUUAUAUCAUAAGAAAAAAUUUAUUUUAAUAUAGUUGAUUGUUUAUUCAAUAUUACUGUUGCGUGUGUAAUCAAGAAUAAAGUGAUAAGAUUAAAAACUGUUAAUAUGUAUAAAUUAUUGAUAUACAAAGGAUUGACAACACGUAAGGAACAUGAUAUUUGAACACUCAUUCUGAAAUAUACUUAUUUAAAAAAGGAUUAAUAUAAAAUACAGUGGCAAUAUGUUUGGUUGUCCUAGAGAAGCCGUACGUGUCAAAGUCAAGGUAGGUAUGAAAUGCGAAACUAGACAUCAACCUGAAUAUCGCAAGUUUAGUGUGGAUCCUCAAAUAACAUCAAUAGAAGUUCUGCAAAGUAUUCUUAUAAAGGCUUUUGACAUAAAAGGAGAAUUCACCGUUUCAUAUCGAGCGAUCGAUGACUAUGGGUCGGAGACGUAUCUUUUCUUACUCUCGGACUGGGACUUGGAUGCCGCGUUUAUCAGCGCAUCGGAACCAUAUCUUUACCUGCAGGUGAACUUGAAACCUUUUGGUGAAACUGGAGAUUGUGAGUGCUACUGGGAACAAAAUGCACAAGAAGUUUUGACACGUCAGCAGGAGACUGGAUUUCCUUACAGGACACCUAAGUUGCCUGGGCUCAUAAUGAACAAAAUGGAAAGGACGCUGAAUAUGGUACAACGUGCAUUGGGCAACUUAGGCGACGAGUCAUCUCAUCAGCAAAAUGUUCAGCCUCCAAGACCACCUCUGACGGACGCUGAAUUUCGUCGAUUUCUGGAUCCGAUUGGCCAAGUGAUACAUUCCAAAGAAUUGAGAGCAGUUAUUUACUUUGGUGGAAUCGAACCUAGUUUGCGCAAGGUCGUCUGGAAACAUAUCUUGAACGUGUAUCCAGAAGGAAUGUCGGGUCGUGAACGGAUGGACUACAUGAAGAAAAAGGCGCAAGAAUAUCAGAAUCUUCGCGAACGAUGGCGAGUGCUAGUGCAGAAAGGACAAAACAUCGGUGAUCUCGGCUAUGUCACUAGUAUGGUGAGGAAGGAUGUACUCAGAACGGAUAGGCACCAUAAGUUUUAUGGUGGUUCGGACGACAAUCAGAACACAGCGAGUCUCUUCAACAUUUUGACAACGUAUGCCUUAAAUCAUCCGAGUGUAAGUUACUGCCAAGGCAUGAGCGAUUUGGCCUCGCCGCUUCUUGUUACUAUGCGGGAUGAAGCGCAAGCCUACAUUUGUCUCUGCGCUCUCAUGAGAAGAUUGAAGGACAAUUUUAUGCUUGAUGGAAUCGCCAUGACUACCAAAUUCGCUCAUCUCGCAGAAGGUCUUCAACACUAUGAUCCCGAUUUCUAUGCGUAUUUAAAGUUGCAUCAAGCGGACGAUCUGCUCUUUUGUUACCGUUGGCUAUUGCUAGAAAUGAAACGUGAAUUUGCGCUGGACGAUGCGCUUAGGAUGCUCGAGGUGCUGUGGGCGGCUCUACCAGCAUCACCGCCAACCGGCGAACUGAGUCUUGCCGAGGUGCCUUUUCCGCCAGCGUCACCGCCACCAAGUCCGAACGUGAAGCAUAUUCGCGAGAACGCAUAUACCAAGGUCUGUGCUAUUAGACGACAAAGUUCCUCAGCCAGUAUUGCCGCUAGCGUGAGGCGGAAAGCCUUUAGUACUGAGGAACCGACUCUGCAAUCGUCUACUGAAGUUAAUGGAGAAACGAAAAAAUUUAAUUCAUCAUAUGAAGCCUUUUCUGAUUCAGAGAAUGAUUUGACUACCAUGAAGAAUAGAAGGAAUAAUGAAUCAACAGAAAAGUGCCUAAGUACAGAUUCUCUUCCUGUUAAAUCGAAACGUACAAAUCUUCUGGAAUUGAAAGAAAGAUUGUCUUCCCCUAAUAAAGAACAAAUUAAAAACAGUGACCAAAACGACAGCUCUGGUGAAAAGAAAUGUGCACGAGUGGUAAAGAAUUUGAACGAGUUCUUAAAUUUUACUAGUCUUAAUCGCAGUAAAAUCACGCCAAGCGAUGCCGAACCUGAACUUAGACGUGUCUCGAGCGAAAGCGGCGUUAUUAGAGUGUUAAGAGACGAACCAAGUUCGCCGGACGAUCCCACGGAUUUCUUCCCGAUGACCACGUCAAUGACUAGAGAGUUAAGACUGGAAUUGGAAUCGCUGGAUCGACAAGUGUUUGGACCUUCACCGCCUAGUGAAUUACAAUGUGAUUGCGUGCUCUCAAAAAGAGAAAAUGAUUUAGUAGAGAGCGAGACGGAGACAGAAUUGGCAAGGUGCAGUCCAGCGGCAGACGUAUUUGUAUGGGAAAAUCCUUUACACAUGUUACAACAAAAGCAUCAUCCUACGACUCCGGAUGAGCAAGCGGAACUGGAGUAUGAUGGUGAAAUUUUGGAAGAUCAAAAUGGCGUGAAAUCCGUUACGCCAAUCAGGUUGCUCAAACGCACUACUAGAUCUGAGUCAGCGUCAGAUAGCGAAGAAACUGAAAGUUGGCAUCAGAAUACUCCUGUACCAGAGAGUCCGACGAAGCAGCAGCAGCAACAACAAUCUGUACAGGAGCAAUGUGAGGAAGCGACAGAGCUGAUUAAUCUCAUACCUGCAGGUACGAGCGAGGACCAACUAGGAGAAAACUCAUUGCCACCACCUCACGAUUUUGGUGGCGGUAAUCCCUUUCUAAUGUUCCUAUGUAUCACUCUUUUGCUGCAACAUCGAGACUUUGUUAUGCGCAAUCAAAUGGAUUAUAACGAAAUGGCAAUGCAUUUUGACAAGAUGGUUCGUCGUCACAAUGUGAUCCGUGUGCUUAAUCAGGCACGACAACUGUUUGCCGGCUAUCUCAGAAGACAUUCCGUCGCAUCGUCAUCCUCCUCGAUCGGCUCAACUUCCGCUAGCAAGCCAGACUGCGUAAACGUGUAACUUUCUCGGUCAAUUUUGAAAAACAUUAAAUCAUAAUUAAGCGACUUGUGACUUUAGAAAUUACUCUAUUUAGCCGGCGUUUAUUUGAAAUAAACAGGAUUCGAACAUAUCAUGAAAAUUAUGUCGCCGGCUAAAAUUCGGACGAUUUAAGAAGACUUGAAAUAAUUUGAUUACGGUAUUCUUCCGUUCAUAAUGUUUCAUGGAACAUUUAUGACACUCGAUGUCGAUCACCCGCAGUCGUAUUGUGUGAACGGCGUCUCUGAUUAACUAUUCUUUCCUUUAUUUUCUUUUUCCUUUUAAUAGACAUGUAUAGGUAGGAAAUCUAUCAAGUAAUUGAAUUAAAGGUCAUCCAUUGUAGGUAUUGAAAAUAUCCAAAUACAAACGGGACAACGAACAAGCGACUAAUAUGUAAUGCAAAAGCAAUAAAAUGCAACAUGUUUACAAUUAUAUUGAAAUUAUACAGUUUCUUUUUUCAGUUUUUCAAUAUAAGACAAAUGAAGAAGAAAAAAACGAUUGAUCAGAGACAGCAUAUCGACAAACAGCCUAGGCUUAUUACUUAUUAGCAAUUAGGAUGAAUGGAUUCGAUUGGGAGAGCACGGGAUACAACGAUUGAAAAUGCUUAACGUUUUGCUUAUGCACGUUACUAUUCCAUCAUGAUAAUUGCACCUUAUCAUCCAUACACCUCGACGAACUCUGUUUCGCUGUACCUCGAGUUAGAAUGGAUUCCUUAGCUUAACGCAGUCGGGUGACGACUUCGAAUGCGUCGUUCUCGAAUGUGUUAAAUUUGUAAAAUACAUCUAUAUUCUAAUAGCUAUGUCUUACUUUGUUCUCAAACAGUAUGUUUGAGAAACGACAAUAAAGUGCAUUUAAUUUUAUCGCUGAUA